GUUAGAGAUGACCUUGAUCCUAAUUUAACAGUCGAAGGAGAAAACCAUGUACUGAUACAACAAACUGUCAAUUGGCUUCUUAAAUUAGCACCACAAAUGCUUAAAAGACAGCAAAUAUCUAGUCCAAUGCAAUCAAUUGAUUUCUUAUCGAACGGUUUGAGCAUUUUGAAGAAUAGUAGAUUUGAUGCUAGAGAUAUCGAGGAAGUUUCUCACCCAAACAGCAUUGUUAAAACAUUCCAGUGGAUAGUUGUGUAUCUAUUGAAAGCUACUCACGACAAAGUAAGAGAAGAGUUGAAGGGUGGAAAUGAUUCGUUUGAAGCCAAAAACAACAGUCAAGUAUACUACGGAAAGAGUCUAGCAAUAGCAUUUAUUCAACAUUUCUUCUUACAAAGAAUGUUGGUAACCAUCUCCGAAGCCGAGGAUCCUGCUAUAAAGGCUGUUCUCACGAAAAUCUUUUCACUGUUUGGAUUGUGGUCGAUAGAAAGAUGGCACAUGGCGACUUUAUUUAAAGGAGGAUUCGCCUCAAGUCCUUUAGUGCCGACUUUAAUCCAAGACGCGAUUUUAAAAUUAUGUGCCGAUCUGAAAGACGAUGCUGUAGGUCUGGUAGACGCAAUUGCCGUUCCGGACUUUAUUUUGAGGUCCUGUUUGGGUUCUUCCGAUGGGCAAGUCUAUAAACGUCUAAAAGAAUCAAUGACCAAGGAUGAUUACAACAUGAACAGACCACCAUGGUGGAAGGAGGUUGUUAAUUAUGCUGAAAUCAAUCGAUCCAAGUGUAAACUAUAGGCCCUACGUAAUAUAAGAAAAUUUGUAAAUAUCUAUAAGAUAGAUAAAACUGUUGUUGAAUAUUAAAAAAAUAAUAAAUUUU